GCGGUGGAACAACCGAGGCGUCGUCCUGUGACGACGGUACCAACAUCACCAGCAGCAGCAGUAGCACCGGCAAGAUGGUGGUAGCGUCGUCCGGACACGCAUCGGGCAGUGGCGGUGCCGGCCAGCAGCAGACACGUAACAGCAACCAACAGCACCGGCUCGCCCAGGUUGCCAGUCCCGGCACCGGCAUGACACCGAAGGAACUUUCGGACAAUGAUGAUCUCGCCACCGGUCUGGUGCUCGACACCAUACUCGGCUUUCAGACGCACAAGAUGAGCCUCAAGUAUCGGCCGCUGAAGGCAAACAAGGAUGAGAUCAAGAACAUCAUCGAGGAAUUUAUACGGACGCAGAACUAUAGCAAGUGCUACCAGCAGCUAAUGAACGGUAACUGGAUGCCACGGUCCAUGCUUAACAAAAACAAGCUGGCACUGAAACGACUAGAGGCACACAUCUAUCGCUAUCUCCGGGUGUUUGAUCAGCAUUCCGGAUUCGUAAUCGAGGCCUGCUACCGCUACUCGCUCGAAGGUCAGAAAGGUGCCAAAAUCUGUUCUACCCGCCGCUGGAUGAAAAAUGAAAAGAUCGAAUGUCUCGUGGGCUGUAUCGCCGAGCUGACGGAACGCGAGGAAGCGGAUCUGCUCUACCCGGGACGGAACGAUUUUUCCGUCAUGUACAGCUGCCGCAAAAAUUGUGCCCAACUGUGGCUGGGACCGGCCGCCUACAUUAAUCACGACUGUCGCGCGAACUGUAAGUUUGUAGCGACCGGGCGUGAUACGGCUUGCGUGAAGGUGUUGCGCGACAUCGAGGUGGGAGAAGAAAUUACCUGCUUCUAUGGGGAAGAUUUUUUCGGCGAUAACAACUGCUACUGCGAGUGUGAAACGUGCGAAAGGCGCGGUACGGGUGCAUUUGCUGCCCGGGCUCGGCUGAUCGAGAGUGCGGCACUGUACAGUGGGGCAGCGGGUGAGAGUGGCCUAGGUGGCACUGGUGGAGGUAUCGGCGGAGUAGGUGUUAGUGGGACCGGCAGUGAGGUUGGUGAGGGUGUUGCCGCUGGUCACGUCUCGUCGCUGACGGGUGGUGUCAAUGGGUUGGGAGGCGUAGUGGUCGGUAUUGUUGGAACGGCAAAUGGUGGCGUACGCUACCGGUUGCGCGAAACUGACAAUCGGUUAAAUCGGAUGAAAAACAAGCGGAACAAUGGUACGGCCGGUAGUGAUCUGAGCGGCGCCAAGCUAACGUCCAUUGGGAAGGAACCACCAUCGGCGCUGAGCAUGCUGACGGUGCGUGAGCUGCGCGACAAGGGGAUGACGAAGUAUGAUGCGGAGAUGCUACUUGCCCAGCAGAAACCGUACUGCACGAAUGUUGCUGCAGCGGUUGUUCCGCCGUUGGUCCGUCAUUUUGGUUCGGAAAUGGCGGAUGACGGUCAGACGCAGACAGGGCACGGCAGCAGUAGUAAGAAACCGUCGGAUGAGAAGAGUGCAUCCCAGUUAAAGCGUGCCACGCGCUCAUCAACCUGUAGCAGUAUAAAAUCGACAACCGCCACUACUGCCACUAAACAGGAUGAGCUCAGCUUGAAAGGUCAGGACAAAAGGCGGGACGAAACGUUCGUAGGAGGGAAUGGAAGAACGAUACAGCAUGCGAGUAGUAGAACAGCAAGCGCCGGCAAAAACACCACUUCUCGUCAACGUAGGUACAGCAGUUACAGUAUUGUCGGGACCGAGCGGUACAGCAAAUCGUCGUCCACCGAACGGAAAGCCUCGACCUCAACGUCCGCGACCAAAUCGGCAGCGCGUCACCACCAGCAGCCACACGAAACCAAACGAAAAAGAAAGAAAGAUGUGGCAGAGGACGGUGGUCCACGGCGGAGACGUGCUACAUCAGCAGUGGGACCGGGCGGGAAGGUUCGCUCGGGUUCGAAAGAGCUUUCGGACGACGUGAUCGUUAUCCAUGAUGAUUGUAGCAAUAGUAGUGUGGACUCGUUUGCCUCAGAUCUACAGUACGGACAGCAGUCGGCAAGGGUUCAGCAGAAGCGCCGUGCGAGCAUGUACACUAGCAACAGCCGAAGUAUCUACACGUUCCACGAUGAUAUACCGCCGGAGCGCGGUACAUCGAAAGGUGAUGAGGGUGAGAGCCAGAUAAAGCGCGCCACACGUUCAUCGACCUGCAGUAGUAUAAAACCGUCGUAUGGUGGGAAACCGGACGAGAAAAAGCGGGACGAGCAUCAUCAUAGUAGAGCGGCAACCGGUAAGGGUUGCAAUGGUCGUCCCCGAAGGUACAGUAGUUACAGUAUUGCGGACGAGUCCAGCAAAGCUACGUCCACUUCGUCCGCUGGUCAGCAGGAACGCAAAGCGCGCAAAGAUUCCGCCGACAAUGGUAUCCGGCGUCGGGCGGCUUCAGUUGCACCUGGCGGUAAGGUGUGCUCGAAGGAUCCAGGUGAAGAUGUGAUCGUAAUUGAUGAUGAUUGUAGUAGCAGUAGUGUGCAUUCGUUCAGCUUGGAACCGAUUAGUCAUCAAAAGCGCCGAGCUAGUAUGUACAGUAGUAGCAGCCGAAGUAUCUAUACGUUUCGCGACGAUACACCUGACGACGGUACGACGGGACCGGGUGCGACGAACGGGUACUACGCACUGCGGAACAAUUCCAACGUCCUGCAGCAGUAUACCCAUCAUCAGCAACAUCCAAACCCGUUUGCGGCAGGCAUUCCGGUGGAUGGCUCGCAACAACUGUACACCACCCGCAAACAAACGAUCAGUAGUCGCAAACGGACCCGAGAAUCUACGCCAGAUGAGCAACCAGGUAGUGCUGUUGUGACGGCUAAACGCGUCGCGGACAAUGCCGCUUCAUCAACGCAACAUCGCAUCAUGACGCGUCGGAUGUCGCUACGGGUAGCCAAUGUAUCUUCCGGCGAUACGACCACCUCCACACAACUGUCCACCGCUGCCGAUGGGGAUGAAAUUACGCCCCGGUUAACGCGCGGUAUGCUGCGCAUGCUGGUGGAAGAGCAUGGACCGGCGACGAAUGGCAGACAGCAGCAGCACCAAAACCACACCAAACCAUUUCGUGCGGCGCGGGCAGCGGGUGAGGAGGAAGGUGUGAGUGAGGGUAACGGACAGGAUUACGGCGAAAAGUUUGGUAGACGUUGUUCAACCGUCACGACCACCACCGUUGAAGACGAGCAGCAGCGUAAAGCGACACUAACGUCGUCGAAUCGAGGCAGCAGCAGCAGCAGACGAAAGGUGAAGCUGCAGACGCGACCACACGCAGAAGAUGUACAGCAAAGGGCGGAUGUGAAAGUAAUGCACGAUGGUUGCACGACAGGUAGUAAUGGCAGCGGUGGUAGUAGUAGUACCACACGCACCCGUAAGCAGCUCUCACCAACGAAACGAACGCGCGGUAAGGUUUCGGUUGUUAAUGGGCGUGUGGCAGGAAGGUACGGAUGGAACGGGCAGAUAGUGGAGGAAAAUGGCGGUGAGGAGGAGGGGUUAGUGGACGAGGAAGAUGUGGAGGAGGGGGACGUGGAAGAAGAGGACGAGGACGAUGUAUUGUGGCAGCAUCCGGCGAACAGCAACAAUCCUGCGUGCUGCUCCUCGUCUUCCUGCACCGUCGAACAGAAGCGCACCAACGGUAGCCCUGCCCUGUCCAGCUUUUCUUCUUCCUCUUUUUCAUCUUCUUCCUCCUCCUCAUCCUGCUCCUCCUCCUCAUGCACGUCUUCGUCGUCCACUGUGCGAUGUAAAGGCGCCUCACUGCAGCAGAUAGCCGAACAGCAUCGGUUAAAGCUAAAGUUGCGCAUGAAACCGGCCUCCACGACGACGCUGGCUGACGACGCACGGUUACGGCAACGGUGGCCACCAUCGAAAAGCGAUUCGCAUUGUAGCUCCAAAAGCAAUACUACUGCUGCACAGGAACGUGGAGGACUGGUAGGUAAGCGUACUGAAGCUACCACAUCGCGCCGGCGGGAUGCGCCUGAUGAUGGGCAAUCUACCUCGGUUGGGAGCACCACACACCACGGUGGCGAGCAGCCAACUCCAAGGACGAUCGUAUCGGAUGAGGACGAUGAGGACGAUAUCAUACUCUCGAAGAUACGACAGUGUGGCAAACAGCGUGAUACGGUUACCACCAACAGCAUCAGCAGUAUGGCAAUCAGUUCCUCGACCUCUUCGCAGACACCUGAUAGUGGUACUGCGAUCAGUUCCAAGUUGUCUCCAUCCUCCUCCACCUUCUCCAAUUCCACUACCAUCACGGUACCAGCGGAGCCGUUGAUGCGGACGCCGGAGCGUAGGUUGAAGCUAACGCUCCGCAUGAAGCGUAGCCCGGUGAUUGAUGAGAUCAUUGAGUCUGGCAAUAGUUUGAGCGACGCGGACAACGGUGCCAGCCCGGGUGCAUACCGGCGCGAGUACGAGAUCCUUCGCAUGGAAGGUUUGCGGGAUCUAGACGAACAGGACGAGGAGGAGGAACGAGAUCGCCCAUACCGAUCGGUGUGUCGCCGUGUGGCUAAUCUCAGCAGACGUUCGCUUACCUAUGAUUCGCCUGCAAGCAGCAGUAGUACACAUUCUUCUAGUGACGGUACGAUGCUUUCUAAAGCGAAAGCAGCGGGUGAAGCUAGCGCUACGUAUCGACAGGACGACACGGCGGAUAAAGAUGGCGGAAACGAGGAUGAUGAUGACGAGGAGGAGGAUCUUACGUCGUACAGCAGCAGUUGCAGCAGCAUGGUGUCGCAGAAACGCAAAAAGCGCCACAAAACAUCGAAGGAAGCUCGCCGCCUGCGGAAGGAAGCCAAACGGGCACGACGCAUGAAGCACUACAUAUGUAGCGCACAGGAAGGUGCGCAUGCGGUGGAAAACGGCAAGGUGAUGAAUGAAAAUGGUACCACAGUGCCACAACCACCACCACCACCGCCUCCUCCGCCACCACCACCGCUUGCACCGGUAGCAAUCGUGUCGGCCACCACUACCACUAGCAACGCAUCGAGGUGUGCAACAACGGCGGAGGAUCCACCGGUGACGUAUCAGCAGCAGCAGCAGCAACAACAGAGGACUCACUAUCAUCAAACUCACUUUUCCCAUCCACACCAACAAGCACUACAGUCUGUGAUACUGCAGCCGACCACACUACGCGACGUACGCCCGAUGGAGGUGAGUGGCGGCAGCGGCGGCGGGGGAGGAAGGGACGAGUGGAGCGAGAUGCCCCACAUAAACCUGCGCUGGUCGCUAACGAACCCGGCCAUGUACGGUGAUACGGUGAGCAGUGCCUCGGCAACGGCGGUUACCUCAGCGACCGUCUGCGAGGGCGUUGGCAAUGGUGGCAUCGGGCUUCCGAUGAAGCGACUUCGACUGAUCUUUGGUAACGAAACGCAUACGCGCGAACUUCCACUUUCGCCCGAACCAUCCAGCAACCCCACUACGUCUACCACCACCGGUUCCAUAGCGAACGGUGGCGGUGGAGUGAUUAGGUCACCUUCACAUCUACACUGUACGUCGUCUUCCACGGCGACGACGAUGGCUGGACCCGAAGCAGCGGCAGCAGCAAUAUCACCUGCAGCUGUACACAGACCUAGCAACAGUGACGGCAUGACAGCUUUGCGCAAUGGAGAACACACAACCAAACCACCAAACGGCGCCAAUCGAGCGAAUGUCAUCAUCAACAAUACGCCCGGUGUGAUUGUGGGACCGGCGCGCACUAACGCGAUGGUUGAUCACCUUUCAACUGCUUCAGCGAUGAUGGUGGACUGCAGCGGUGGAACCGUCAUUGGUGGCAAGGGAGUCAUCAGUAGUGCUGGCGGUGGAAUGGGUACCAACGGGAUAUUACAACGGUCUCAACAUCUACAGCAACAACUAUCAAAUACACCAACUACUACCACUACUAAUACUGCUGCUGCUGCUCCCGGAGUAGCGGCGGAUGAUAGUGAUGUUGGUGGAGGUGGUAAUGGAUUGAUGUUACGUACCCAUCAAUAUCUGCCACCACUUUCAACGAUCCCGACCGAUGUACCGUGCGCUGCCUCCGUCUAUCCACACGGUGUCUCGAGCGCUGGACCAGAUGUUCAGCGGACAAGCAGUACGGUUGGUGGUGGGCUGCAAACAACUGAAUCCGGCACAUAUCUCGGCGCACUGAAAUGUGUACGGGAGAGCUGCCCGGAGGGGCGGCUGCUUCCAAUCAAUCCGCUCAAAAUCUCGUCCCUCUGGCGAUGCGAUCGCUGCAACCUAAAGAUGGACAACAUCAAGGCAAGCAAGAUCCAGGAGAUUGCCGGCCGGAUGAUACUGAACAACGCGAUCAAGCGUGAGGCGAGCUACAUCAUCGACUACUUGAACGAUCAUAUCGUAAAGUUUCUGCUGCCAACGAACCAGUUUACCGUCGAGCUGAAGCUGCAGGCGAUCAAGAAGAUACAGUCCGACCGGCCGCUGGCCGAGCUGCGCGAGAAAGAGAAGUACUGCGUCGAGAUACUGGACGUGCUGCACCGUCUCAACUAUGGCGAGUGCUUCGUCAAGGGUGUCCUCUGCUACGAGCUGUUCGUGACGCGCGUUACGAUCGCACAGCUGCUGAACGAAAGUGAGAUCGCGACAGAAACGGCCAACCUGGAUCAGCUGCGUACUGCCUGGCAGAUACUUAACCCGAGUGGUAACCGACCCAGGGACCUUCAGCAACUGGUUGUGACAUACGGGAUCGAGUGAAUACGUCC